AUGGAGGCGCGGCGGGGCGUGGCAGGGCUCACAGGCAAGACAGGCAGCCCAACGGGCCAUGCUUCGCCAAACCGCGCUGCUACUUGGGCGAUACCUCUGCUCGAGGCCUACGAUACCCCUGGUGACAUGGGCGUGUCCAUCCACCCUCUCCGAUCCUCGACGACACACCACACUUGGCAUCAGGGUCGGCCACCCAGACGAACCCAUCUUAUUCUAGACAUGGCUUCAAAUUCAUCACGAUUCCGACGACUGCACCCCACGGUCGCAGACUCGGCCCCAAUACGAUGGACAGGAGGCCGUCGCUUUGCCGCGCGACGCUCCGAGCCUUGUCGCGCAUUGUUCCCACGAGAGAGAGCAGUCAGUCCUGCGCCCACCGGCUCGGUAACGUAUGUAAGCUUAGCGAUAUCAAAUGUCCCCCAAAGGGGUGGUGGAUACAACCUGCGCCUUGGUGUGUUGGGAUCCCAUGGACUUCCGCUUUUUGCAUCUGGAAAAUCUAGUCGCGAUACCUACCUCGGAAACAGACACUACUACACUACACGUCACCGGCCGGGUGGCCGACGACAAUCCCUUCUCGCACCCCGUCUACGACGGUCCUCUAUUCACUCUGUUCAGCCUGUAGCCCCUGCUCCUGUGUUUGGAGCUGAGGUCGGUUCUUCACCGAUGAUUGCUCACUCGUGCAGACAUUGCUUUGUCUUGCUGCGAUGCAAUGCGAUGCGAUGCGAUAUGGGAUUUGCAGUCAAAGAUGUGGUGUACAAGUACCCAUUGUGA